AUGCCUAACUGGAUGCUGUUGCCAAGUGGACCUGCCACUCCGAGAAGGAUAGCUACGACAGGGGAUUUGGUAAGUUUGUUGAGUGAGAUGCCACCACUAAGUGACAUCACUCUACUCUGUACUUUCGGAGCCAAAAGGGUGGCCGAGUUCCAUUUUCUCUGUCGCUCUGAUUUCACCAUAGGAGCGUCAACCUAUGUAGUGGGGGAAGGUCAAGAUGAGGCAACAAGAGCUAGAUAUGAAA